AUGCUCUCACUACCAGACGCGCCGAACAGCCCUACACGGUUUCAAGGGCUUCUUAGUGCAGAGCAUGAACUCAACGCCAUGCUCCAACUAGACCUGGAUCCAGCUACUGCCCUUGAGAUGUACUUGGAUCCGUUUCUCGGUUGUGAGGAAAAUAUCAUAGUUCCAAGAUCUCCAGCAAAAUCUCCAAGUGUAGAGAACUCUCUGGUGAAAUUCCGCGAGGAGAUGGAACAGCGCAUCGCCGCCAUCGAUACCUACUAUUCAGAAGACCACUCCCAAAUUAUACAGCGCUGCAAGGAUGAAGAUGCUGGCAGCCAAGUUGACAAUCCAGGCACUUCUCUUCUCAUCUGCAGCAAAGACUUCAUCAAUAUCAUCCAAAGACUCGCACCUGCAACCCAUUCAAGCACGCAAACGACUGAUGAGCUUAGUACAGAGCUUGCACUGUUAGUUCUAUCAAGCUACCUUGCGCUCAUGAGGCUCUUUGAUUCUUUAUUUCAUCGCAUCCAUCGGCACCUUUGCAAUGUAUCACUAGAAUCGUAUAGGUCUCUCAAAGUCAAAUCUGUGCUUCGUAUUGGCGGCGUCUCGGCUCUCCAAGACAUGCCGCUUAAGGCCUAUGCCAUGGUAAUUAUCGAUGCCAUUCAAUGCCAAGUACGAACGCUUGAACAGUACAUGGGCAUUCCACGCGAAUACUGUCUAUUUGAUAAACCUACUGUUUCGGAUAUUGCUGAUGCUUCGGGUAUUUUCUCCCGUCCAGAUCGAACACGAUUGUUUUGGGCUGUGAUGGCCCAAGAGGAUUUGAAACCGCAGCGUGAAAGCAGAUCCUACGUCGAUUCGAUCCGAGCGAAUAUCAAGGAGUCCAUGGAGUUUUUUAAUGACUAG